CGCCGAGUGGGUAUGAUGCGGAGGCAACGCCGGCGGUGUGUUGGUGGUACCGAGCGAGCUGUUUAUACUUUACGGCAGAACAACUCUCUUAGUCAAGAAGAGGUGGAGAGCGCCUUCGGAGAAUUGUAUAGUUCUUUGUUUGGGACCAAAGAGAAAGUUGAGAAAACAGCUCUCGACGAUGACCAUUUUGCUCCUACCACAACAAGCAGAGAUUUGGGCAACUUCCUAGGAUUGGAGAAUUUAAUAGAGUGUUCCACCCUACCUGAACAAGUGGUGCUGAAAAAUAGUGACAGUGGCAGAGCCACCGCUAGCACUUGCAGCAGUGAAUCUGAAACUGCGAGACUUCUUGCUGAAGAAUCCAAUCUAAAAUGGAACCCUCUUCUGAGGAAGGCAAAAGAGAACCUGAUGUCAAAUGCUGACACUCUGUUCUUUACUGUAAAGCAACCAAUUUCCCAGAUAGGAGGUCCAAGUCCCCAAAACCAUGAUGGGAAUGAGGAAGAAAUUUUUGAAUUAUCCUGUGAUGAACAUGAUGGUAUCUCAACAAACUCUGGAGAGGAUUACAGAGAAACUGUCACCUGCGAAGCUUGCUCAAAUGUGUUUUGGAAAGUAAUAAAUAGAAAGGAAACUAAGAAGAGACGUGUAUCACACAAGAAACCACCGUAUGAUCCCACCUCUUUAUCAUGUGACCAAUGGAUUUUGAAAAAGCCUUUGCUGCCUAGAAGUCAUGUACAGAAAAGCAAAAGAGAAAUUUGGUACCUGAAGAAAUCUAUUGGCACAUCUACGCAGAGUGAAGUUAGUGGAAAAUGGGUUCCACGGUGUUCCCGACCUCAUGUGUUUCUGCAGAGGAAUCUACGAUCUUGUAAGAGAAAAGUAGAUGCAUUUCUGGCUGAGCAUAGAAAAAAACCACCUCAAAGGACUAAGAAAAGAUCAAAGAAGAAAGAGCUCUUCAUUUUCAAGCUUCCUGAAUCGCCAUCUUCCAUUGUAAUCUCAGAUAAUGAACUUUCAGAAGUAGAGAUUAGUACUGUCAAAAGAAAACUUAUCUCAGCUGUCCUGAGCAGAGGAGACAGGACCAAAAAAGGCAGCUGUGAUUUUUCUGAUGACUCUAUUACACAUGAAAGUGGAUUUUACAGCUCUGACUACAAAUCAGUGCAGUUCGAGAGCAGCACCUCUACAAAUGUAGAUAAGUUUACAUUUGAUUUCAGGCCAUUGAAUUUUGUACCAGAUGGAAAAGCUGCAUUUUCAACUUCUACUUCACUAUGUCCUGAAAAUCAGUUGCAUCCUCAAAAUGAAAAAGGGAGAAAGUGGGCAGGAUUACAAAACAAAUCACAUUCUAAGGUCUCUCCCAGUUCUUUUGGUUGGUUAAAACCUAGUGGUUUUACUUCUAUGAUUGCAAAGCUGAAGGCCAGACCUUUGACUUCUUCAGGUAGUGUUGUUAAAGAGGCAUGAUGUGGCUAUUUCUUCAAACUUUCCUUCAGUUCACUACAAAGCUCCACACAACUGGAUAUGUAUCUAAUGUAUGAGUCUGUUGUACUUUGCUAGAUUACUGACUAUUUUUAAGUUUGCUAGUUUAAUAAAAUGUUUAAACUGUAACUGGCAAAUAAUGCAAAAGUGACUAAUGUACUCAAAUAACAAUGGUCAUAUUGCCUAUGACCUUACCAUUAAAUUGUAAAUCCUGCCCUUGUUUUA